AUGCACACUGGUAAGAAACCUUAUGAAUGUAUGGAAUAUGGGAAAACUUUUCCACAGUCGGGUAACUUCACUCUACUUUGUGGAAAUUAUAAAGGAGAGAGACCUUAUGAAUAUAAGAGAACCUUUUUGCACUCAUGUACCCUCCCUGUACAUCGCAGAAAUCACAAAGGAGAGAGACUCUAUAAGUGUAAGGAAUGUGGGAAAACCUUUUUGCAGUCGGGUUCCCUCAAUGCACAUAGAAGAAUUCACACAGGAGAGAGACUUUAUGAGUGUAAGGAAUGUGGGAAAACUUUCUUGCAAUCAGGUGCACUCACUGCACAUAGACGAAUUCACACAGGAGAGAGACCUUAUGAAUGUAAGGAAUGUGGGAAAACUUUUUUGCAAUCAGGUAAUCUCAAUGCACAUCGCAGAAUACAUAAAGGAGAGAGACCUUACAAAUGUAAGGAAUGUGGGAAAACCUUUUUGCAGUCAAGUAACCUUAAUGCCCAUUGCAGAAUACAUAAAGGAGAGAGACCUUAUGAAUGUAAAGAAUGUGGGAAAACCUUUUUGCAGUCAAAUAACCUCAAUGCACAUUGCAGAAUACAUAAAGGAGAGAGACCUUACGAGUGUAAGGAAUGUGGGAAAACCUUUCGGCAGUCAAGUGCCCUGACUACACAUAGAAGAAUUCACACAGGUGAGAGACCUUAUGAAUGUAAGGAAUGUGGGAAAACCUUUCGGCAUUCUAGUGCCCUGACUACACAUAGAAGAAUUCACACAGGUGAGAGACCUUAUGAAUGUAAGGAAUGUGGGAGAACCUUUUGUGACACUGGUACCCUAACCGCACAUAGAAGACUUCACACAGGGGAGAGACCUUAUGAAUGUAAUGAAUGUGGGAAAACCUUUUUGAGAUCAGGUAAACUCACUGCACAUAGAAGAAUUCACACAGGAGAGAAACCAUAUGAAUGUAAGGAGUGUGGGAAAACCUUUCACGAUAGUAGUGCCCUCACUGCACAUAAAAGAAUUCACACAGGAGAGCAACCUUAUGAAUGUAAGGAAUGUGGGAAAACGUUUCGGCGAUCUGGUACUCUCACCUCACAUAGAAGAAUUCACACAGGAGAGAAACCUUAUGUUUGUAAGGAAUGUGGGAAAACCUUUUCACGAUCAGAUAACCUCACUGCACAUAGAAGAAUUCAUACAGGAGAGAGACCUUACGAAUGUAAGGAAUGUGGGAAAACCUUUCGUGAUACUGGUACUCUCACUACUCAUAAAAGAACUCAUAGAGAAGAGAGACCUUAUGAAUGUAAGUAUGUGAGAAAACAUUUCCAUGAUCAGAUUCCCUCAUUAGACACAAAUUCACAAAAAGGAUAUAUUAACAAUGUAAGCAACAUGAAAAAUCCUUUAUUUGUUCAUCAUUCCUCACUGGAUAUAUUUGAACUUAUUCUGUAG